CAGGCAUCUCUCCCCUUCUCAGACGGAGCCACUGUCCUACUCGUUCCAUCUGAUACUGGUGCUCUAUUCCGCCCUUCGAAGGGCAAGAAUUAAAAAAGGUUUCAGGCAGAUGCUAUGACUACCCCUUCGUCCUUACGAGACUUGUAUUCUCCUCCUCCGCCGACCUGGUCAUUCAUCCCGGCCCAACAAGGGCCUGUCACAUCCAACGCGACGGCUUCUUCUUCCGAGCCUCCAGUGUAUCAAUAUCAAUGGUCCCGUCCCCCACCCAACUCCAUUUUUGACCUUUCCCCUUCUCUGAACGAUCCCUCGGGUAUAAAUGUCACUCUGCUGCUGAAGGCCAUAGUGGCCUCGGCGUUCGUCAAGUACACGACGUUCGCCAUCGCAAUGCCAUGGGACGUGGGUAAGACUCUCCUGCAAGUGCAGUGGGUCCCGCGAGACGUCGGGCUGCUCGAGCCACAGGCGGAACGUAUCGAGGAAGUCGAGGAGGAAGUGCUGAGCAAUUCGUCAUCGGACGAGCAGGAUUCGUACUUUGCAGACCCCACGAAUCCGGCACCGCCGGCUUCGCGGUAUAGUGCACCCAGGGAGAGUGGGUAUGUGGUGAGAAGGUCGGUGGUCGAAGAAGCUACCCGGCCCGAGUAUAUCAUACCGGUCGGAAGUGCUGGGGGUGUGUGGGGAAUGAUGAGACGCGUUGCUCGGUUCAAGGGCGAGGGGUGGUUAGCGUUAUGGAAGGGCACACUAACAUCAUGCGUAAUGGAUUUCCUCUCGUCAACAAUACAGCCUGUCAUCCUGGGCGUCCUCCAAGCCAUGUUUCUACCGAAUUUAUCGCCAUAUCAGCAACCCCCACUCAUCCUGCCGGUCGCCUCGCAUGUGAUCACGGGAUUCCUAGUCUCACCACUCGACCUUGUCCGGACUCGUCUGAUGGUACAGUCCUCUAUGGCGCGACACAGGUCUUACUCAGGCCCCAUCGAUGCCAUGUCCCAGAUCAUUCGUGACGAAGGCGGGCUCAGGGGGAUCUACUUGCACCCUCAUUUGCUCAUUCCUACACUUGUUGACAGCACCCUGCGUGCCCUCAUCCCUCUGGCUCUCCCUGGCAUCAUCGCGUCCAAUAUAAGCCCAUCCUUGUCAGAAGAGACGCAUCCCAUUGCGUGGAGCUUCCUCGAGCUCGCCGGCGACUGCGCGGGCCUGCUCGUGACGCUUCCUUUUGAGACGGUCCGGCGACGCCUGCAAGUCCAAACUCGGGGUUCAGCGAAACCUCUCAAGGCAUGCGUGGAGCUGCGUCCCGCGCCAUAUAAUGGCGUGAUCGACACCUUGUGGCACGUACUAACGGAGGAGCGCUCGGAUCUGCCGCUGGAGGGGCGACGAACAAGGAGGAAGGAGAAGGGCAAGGACCGCGAAGAACCUGAGGCGGAGGACGAGGUGAUCGAGGAGGGCUGGUUUAAGAAUACUGGGAUUGGGCAGCUGUACCGGGGCCUCGGUAUGCGGUUGUCUGCUAGUGCUGUCAUGUUUGUCCUGGGCAUGCUGAGUGGUGAGGAAAGGGACGCAGGGUGGACUGAGUUAUAGUGCAUACACAUUGAGUAUAUUUGCAUUAAUUAUGUCUUUGUCUAUUACACUGAACGACUUGAUGCUCCGAGCUGCAGAACGAGGUUUCUUG